GUGACUUCGCCAGCGCCUCUGAAGAUAAUUGGCAAUGCCUGUGGGAAUCGUUGUUGCAAUCUUUGGCUCAUUUCCUCAACUCGCCACCCAUAAGUAUCCCACGCAACACCAGAGUUCCAACAUUUUCGAUGGAAGUACACCAGAAUAUACUGGGACUGGGAAAUCUACGCACCAAAGGAAGCAUAGACGGUUACGGUUAGGGUUACGAUCAGCCACUAUGACAUGCACGAAGCACGCGCAGGACUAACACUAAUGGCCGCUCCAGGACUGCUAAGAAGGAAGAGUCGUGAUUAGCUGAAAAAUUGCUCACUGAACCGACGACCCAAUUUGACGGUAGUUGGCCGAAGAGAAGGUAAAUUAAAUCCUGCCAUUGAACAUGCAUUAAGCCUGGGUCAUCACUGUCAACUGCUUUUGGACAACGGUGGGUACUUAUCGUGAAUGCUAUUAGAACAGAAGCUCGUAUGUAGAUGUACACGUUUAGUAGUUGAGCCUCAUCAAACCCGUUCUUGAGGCGCUAGCGACCCUUCGAUGCUGUGGCGAUAGACUUAAAGGUGCUGAUUGGUGGAUAUCAGAC